AACAAAGGCAAAUCAGCAGACCAAGGGGUUCGCUGGUACCUUCAUACGGAGAGAGAAAGUGAAAAUCAGCAACCAGAACCAAAACAAAAACAAAUUUUAAAGGCACCUUAACAAAACCCAGAUCUUAAUUUUCCUUCUUUUUUACAUGUUAUUUUUAUUAUUUGAUUCACUUCGGCAAAAACACACGGACAAGUUUGUAAAGCUCAAUACUUUCGUCGUUUUCUCUGCAAAAUUUGAUUUCUUGUCUUUGGAGACUGUUCAUGAGCCUCUGAGAUUGGGAUCCUGUUUUGGAAUCUAGGUUCUGGAUUGUAACGUGUGCCUUGGCAUGCGUGACCUUGAGUUAGCUGUGGAUUCAUCUUCUUCAACUGAAGAUUAGAGCAAGACUCUCCCUCUUGAAUUAGACUGAAAUGUCAGAAGGGCUAGAAAUUCUUGGCACUAAUGAUGAAAUUAGAGAGAGAAGAUCAGAUUUCGAGAACUCGGAAGAUGAAAGACGACGAUCAAAAAUUGGCAAUCUCAAGAAAAAGGCAAUAAAUGCUUCGAACAAGUUCACUCAUUCUCUAAAGAAAAGGGGGAAAAGGAAAAUUGAUUACAGGGUUCCUUCUGUUCCCAUAGAGGAUGUACGGGAUGCAAGAGAGGAGAGUGCUGUCCUUGAAUUGCGUCAAAAACUCAUUGAAAGGAAUCUGCUUCCUCCUCGGCAUGAUGACUACCAUACUUUGCUGCGAUUUUUGAAGGCUAGAGACUUUAACAUUGAAAAAACAACCCUCAUGUGGGAAGAAAUGCUUAUUUGGAGGAAAGAAUAUGGAACAGACACCAUAUUGGAGGAUUUUGAGUUUGAAGAGCUGGAAGCAGUCUUGCAAUAUUACCCUCAAGGAUACCAUGGUGUUGAUAGAGAAGGACGGCCUGUGUACAUUGAGUUGCUUGGAAAAGCUCAUCCAAGCAGGCUUAUGCAUAUCACCACCAUUGAUCGGUAUUUGAAGUACCAUGUCCAAGAGUUUGAGAAAGCCUUACUGGAAAAAUUCCCUGCUUGUUCAAUUGCAGCAAAGCGAAGGAUCUGUACAACAACUACGAUAUUGGAUGUACAAGGCUUGGGAAUUAAGAAUUUUACUCGGACUGCAGCAAAUCUAUUGUCUGCAAUUGCAAAAAUAGACAACAAUUACUACCCCGAGACAUUAAAUCGCAUGUACGUUGUCAAUGCUGGUCCUGGCUUCAAAAAGAUGCUCUGGCCGGCCGCACAAAAGUUUCUUGAUGCAAAGACUACUGCUAAGAUACAGGUUCUGGAGCCCAAAUCAAUGGGAAAACUGCAUGAGGUCAUUGACACAAGUCAACUGCCAGACUUCUUUGGUGGUUCAUGUACUUGUUUUGCAGAAGGAGGAUGCCUUAGAUCUAAUAAGGGUCCUUGGAAUGAGCCUGACAUAAUGAAAAUUGUACAUAAUGCUGGACCAGCAUUUGUGAGGCAGAUCACCCGAGUUUCUAAUGAUCAGCAGAAAUUUAACUUCUAUACACGUUCACACUCACUGAGGGGAAGAGCUAGUGACACAUCAACGACAGAAUCAGGGUCAGAUAUGGAUGAUCCUUGCUCUGCAAGUGGGCAAAGGAGUUCUACAAUUUCUCGUUUGGCUCCUGUUCAUGAAGAAGUGAAAGAUCCAAAUGCCUACUACAGUUGUGAUGAUAAUUUCACUCCUGUUGAGAAAGUUGUGAGAACUGACCUACGGGCGGGACAUUCUCAGGAUAAAUUUAUUAAAUACAAUGAUGCAGUUGAAAUUUGCUGUGAGACUUUGUCAAAUUCUGAAGGUGCUCCAAUGACACAUUUGUUCAACAAAGUGAAGGAAAAAGUUGAGAGAAUGAAUGUUCAGUGUGUCACGAAAAUGAUACUAUCCUUUAUGGUCAAACUAGUUGCUUUUUGUCACAGUGUGCAGUUAUUGGGGAGAACGGAGAACAACAUUCAUCCAUCUAAUUCCUUGGAAAGCAGCACAAAUAGCAAUCCACCAGUUGUUGAAGCUGUGAGUGCAGAAGACCAUGCCCUUCCAUGUAUAGAGCGUCUUCAGAAACUUGAGAAGAUUUUGGAGGAACUUAUCAACAAGCCUCCUGCAAUCCCUCUGGAGAAGGAGCAAAUGCUUAUGGAGUCUAUGCAAAGGAUCAAGUUAGUUGAAUCUGACCUUGAGAAAACAAAAAGGGCACUGCAUGCUACUGUGGUGAAGCAACAUGAGAUUGCUGACUUUCUGGACAACUUACGGGAAUCUAAAUUUAGACAAAGAAGACUAUUCUGUUGAAUAUUUGAGAGUGGAUUUUGGAACAAAGUAACACAUGCAGAUUGGACUUAUACAGGAGGUUGUGCCUAGAAGGAACAGCGUCAGCAGAGCAUAUUCGGAAGAGGCCGGGCAAACAUUUCUUUUGACUAUUUUUCUUGACAGUUAGUAGUUAACAAAAGUUACGGUUAGAUGUAAAUGGGUUAUAUGCCAUAUUCAGCUUUUAACGGUGUAGAGAGAAAAAAAAAGAGAAAAAUAUUAAUGCAAUGUUUUACAGUGAGCAUACUGAGUUACUUUUCUGCUGAAAUGCAUAUAGCCAGUUUACCAGACUGGAGAUUUGUGUAUUGUAAAUGAAAUCUCAGAACUCUUUUAACUGAAA